UCAAACACAUUAUUUUUGUUUUGAAUUUUUACCCCUUUUUCGUGGUAUCCAAAUGUUUUAGUAGCUACUGUCUUGUCUCAGAGACGAAGGUUGAAAGUCAUGCGUCCUCCGAUACACAACCCAACCAAGCUGCACUGCUUCUUAACACAGCGCGAAUCCAACCCGGAAGUCAGCCGCACCAAUGUGUCGGAGGAAACACCAUGCACCUGGCAACCUUGGUUAGCGCGCACUGCGCCCGGUCCGCCACAGGAGUCGCUGGUGCACGAUGAGACAAGGAUAUCCCUACCGGCCAAACCCUCCCUAACCCAGACGACGCUGGGCCAAUUGUGCGUCACCCCAUGGACCUCCCGGUCGCGACAGAGCCUGGGCGCGAACCCAGGGUCUCUGGUGGCAUAGCUGGCGCUGCAGUACAGCGCCCUUAACCACUGCGCCACCCGGGAGGCCCUCAAACACAUUAUUUGAGCAAAAUAGUGGACAUUGUUUAAAAAAGGAUUUCUGCAUAAAUUGGUCAUAAAAUUUGAUCUGAUCUUCAUCUAACUCAGUCACAACAAUAGACAAACACAGUGUGCUUAAACUAAUAACACCAAUUAUUGUAUUUUUGUGUGGAGAAACAAAUGCACAGCACACCAACAUCAAAACCUCAUCCCAACUAUAAAGUAUGGUGGAGGGAGCAUCAUGGUUUGGGGCUGCUUUGCUGCCUCGGGCAGGGCCUUGACAACUUGCUAUCAUCGACGGAAAAAAUUCCCAAGUUUUAUCAAGACAUUUUGCUGGAGAAUGUAAAGCUAUCUAUCCGCCAAUUGAAGCUCGACAGAAGUUGGGUGAUGCAAAAGGACAACGACCCAAAACACAGAACUAAAUCAACAGCAGAAGAAAAUACGCCUUCUGGAGUGGCCCAGUCAGAGUCCUGACCUCAACCCAAUUGAGAUGCUGUGGCAUGACCUCAAGAGUGUGGUUCACACCAGACAUCCCAAGAAUAUUGCUGAACUGAAACAGUUUUGUAAAGAGGAAUGGUCCAAAAUUCCUCAUGACUGUUGUGCAGGUCUGAUCGGCAACUACGGAAAAUGUUUGGUUGAGGAUAUUGCUGCCAAAGGAGGGUGAACAGGGGUUCACAUACUUUUUCCACCAUGCACUGUGAAUGUUUACACUGUAUAUUCAACACAGACAUGAAAACCUACAACUGUUAGUGUGUUAUUAGUUUAAGCAGACUGUUGUGACUUAGAUGAAGAUCAGAUCAAGUUAUAUGACCAAUUUUUUGCAGAAAUCCAGGUAAUUCCAAAGGGUUCACAUACUUUUCCUUGCCACUGUAUGUAAUUAAUUUAUGUCCAAAAAUGGAAAGGGGAUGCAGGCUAUCUAUUACAUGCACAAAACGUGUAAUAUUAAGAACAUCUAAUGACCAAACCCUAUACUUUAUGGAACCUUGUAAUAUUGUAUUUAUCUCUGUGUUUGAUGUUAUACAAUGUAACAAUACAACGCUUAUAUGCACGUGCCCGGUAAGGCCUAGUUCUUGAACCACAACGUUACGCCUCUUUAUGGCCAUUUGUCAUUUCAAUUGGAGCUCUAGAUAAUGGGCGCGUCAUAACAAAGGACCCGACCGGAGCUGUCCAUACUAUUGGAUGAUGAGACUGUCAGUUAACCAGUAUACGGACAGUGAUCGUAGUUCGUAACAGAGAUGGAAUAUUAUACCGUCAACCCAGAAUAGUGGAAAACGAAAUUAUCAUUCUCAGGAUAACAGAAAGAUGAGGGUUGGAAAGAAAAUGAAAUGACUGACAAUCAAAUUGUUUAAUGCCUCUUUGAGUCAUGAUUUUGUCUUGUAAACCAAUCUAGCGGUGUUUUCUUUUGUCGGAGAACCCAUUCCCUGCAAAACAAAGGCAGAAUGAUACGCGGAACUACAUUUUACUUACCGCUUUUGUUGAAUUGUGUAGGUGGCAUUGCCCGUGUUUCGCACUGUAAAUAAUGUUAUUUGAUUAGAUUUAUUAAUUCGCGUGCAAUGAGAGAUUAAUACAGUAUAUCUAGUUGUGAUUUCGAGGAAUUACAAAAAGCAUCUGGACAGCGAAUUGGAUCAACUGAAUGACUGAAAUGAGCCGCGAGCAAUUGUCUGUCUACUGAAACCCAACGAUGUCAACCUGACUUUGGAAGAAAAACGGAUCUCUCCUCCAUGCUAAGAUGCUGGGUUAUUCAGUUGGACUAAGAACAGCAUCUAAGGCAUCAUGUUUGGCAAGAGAAGAGCUCCAGUAACGAUGCCUAAACCCGAGCCUGCACCCCCCGUGGAAGAAUGGUUUACUCCACUGUCGUUCCCCCUGUGGAGGCAGGGGAGACCAAUAAAGCCAGCCUCUGCUGCUUCGUCACGGCAGGGCUGCUGAACCUCUCUGACCACCUCCUCCACCACGGCCAGCCUGACACGGAAGACAUGUCCAUGGAAAACAGCUCAUAUGGCUCCUCCUUUUCACCUCUGGACCUGGACACAGUCACGCGAACAGCUGAGGCCCAGGGGAGUGUUCAGGGCGUCAGCCUGCCCCUUCAGGUGUUCUUCUGCAUGGCCAUGGUCUCCAUCCUGUUGGUGGCCUUCCUGGGGAACGUGGUGGUGGUCCUGAUGGUCUACCAGCGCGCCGCCAUGCGAUCCGCCAUCAACAUCCUGUUGGCCAGCCUGGCCUUCGCAGACAUGAUGCUGGCCGUCCUGAACAUGCCCUUUGCCCUGGUUACUGUGGUGACCACACGCUGGAUCUUCGGGGAUGUCUUCUGCCGAGUGUCGGCCAUGUUCUUCUGGCUCUUUGUCAUAGAGGGCAUGGUCAUCCUGCUUAUAAUAAGCAUAGAUCGGUUCCUGAUCAUAGUCCAGAAACAGGACAAAUUGAGUCCCCACAGAGCCAAAGUGCUCAUAGUCAUCGCUUGGACUGUCUCCUUAUGUUUCUCUUUCCCACUAGCCAUAGGCCACCCAUCUCUCCAGAUCCCCUCUAGAGCUCCACAGUGUGUGUUCGGCUACACCAGCGAGCCGGGUUACCAUGCCUACGCGUUGCUCCUCAUGCUGGCCUUCUUUUUCAUCCCCUUCAUGGUCAUGCUGUACACCUUCAUGGGGAUCCUGAACACCAUACGGCACAACGCCGUGCGCAUACACAGCCACCCGGACAGCAUCUGUCUGAGUCAGGCCAGCAAGCUGGGCCUCAUGAGCCUGCAGAGGCCCUUUGAGAUGAACAUAGACAUGAGCUUCAAGACGCGUGCCUUCACUACCAUCCUCAUUCUCUUCUCGGUGUUCACCGUGUGCUGGGCGCCCUUCACCGCCUACAGCCUGGUUUCCACCUUCAGCAGCCCCUUCUACCACAAGGCCAAUUUCUUCGAAGUCAGCACCUGGUUCCUUUUGUUGUGCUAUCUCAAGUCAGCCCUCAACCCUCUCAUUUACUACUGGCGCAUCAAGAAGUUCCGCGACGCCUGCCUUGACCUGAUGCCCAAGUAUUUCAAGUUUCUUCCUCAGCUGCCCGGCCACACAAAGCGACGUAUCCGACCCAGCGCUGUGUAUGUGUGUGGGGAGCAUCGCUCUGUGGUCUAAUAACACUGGACUGACUUGGAGGACACUGACUUCACUGCCAUGUAGGUUUUGUUUGACCACUUAUCCAACUUGUUCUCGCCAGUCAAAUGAAUGAGUUGAGACAGUAUAUUUUAGCUGAGUAGAAUCUGUUUACAAAGCAUGUCAAUUAACUGCUUCAGUGGUUUUGAAUAUGGCCAUAAGGCCACCAAGAUUACAUUUUGUCAUUGAUAUUUCUAUGUAAUUGUUUUGUGCCUAUUAGUUAGUCUAUACCAGUCAUAAUGCUGCUACAUCUGGUGAAAAUUUGCAAUUUCAGUGUACUGUACUUGAAUCUAAUAAACAUUUUUGACAUUUCUUA